AUGCCUACAAUCAUGCCCCUUUGUCUAAAAUGUGUUUCUACGUUGUUACAGUUUUGGUGUAAAAAGUUGAAAGAUUAUCGAUUUUUGGCUCUGAUCGCAGUACGCGUGGUAGAAGAUCCACUAUUUGAGAUAACGGAACGGGUGGACGAUGACGAAUAUGGAGAUGAUCCAAGAUUUUUAUUUACAUUAACAAAUCCAUAUCAAAUACCACCAACACAAUUUUAUAAUGAUGGACAUCAAUAUUUUGCAAACGGAUAUAGCAUAAUGAUUUAUGCAAAAUCAACAUUAAAUGCAGAUUCGCAUAUCGAAUUUUCAACGACAUAUGCUGAUUCAACAGGUAUGAAUAUGGGUAGGCAUGCACCAGUUCCAAUCUUAGGCUUACGAGGGAACAUAUGUAACUGACCAAUCGUUUUUUUAAUGAAAUCUAGUGGAGUAUAGGUAAAAAAUAGUGCUGAAUCCGAAUAUCGGCAUGAGACGAGCCGCUAGGCCUUGCGAGUACCAAACUUCUGGGAAACCAGGUUUUCAGAGCCAGAAACUUUUUUCUGAUCUGUCUCGAUUGUAGAGCACAUCGAGAAACCUAUAAAAAACUAGUUUUCAGAACUAUGGAACCCUUCCACAGCCCGCCAGACGGACUUUUCUUCUCUUUUCCGUACGCCGAGGGUUUUUUGAGGGAGAAAAAACACUUUAAAAAACCCCAAAACUAGUUUUUUAUAGGUUUCUCGAUGUACUCUACAAUCGAGAUAGAUCAGAAAAAAGUUUUCGAACAGAAAGUUUCUGGCUCUGGAAACCUGGUUUCCCAGAAAUCCGGUACUCGCAAGGCCUAGGGGCCCGUCUCAUGCCGAUAUUCGGAUUCAGCAUUAUUUUUUACCAAUACUCCACUGAAUUUCAUUAAAAAAACGAUUGGUCAGUUACAUAUGUUCCCUCGUUUGAGCACUGGUACCAACCCCGCCAAUCACCAGUUAGGCUUAGUACCAGUCAGGCUUGGUUGAAUGUAGUAGGCAAAAGCUUUACCGUACAACCUAAGAAGUAACCGUCAUUGCGGCAAUUAGCUUAGAGUAACUUCUAAACUUUGUAAAAUCAAAAUGGAAAACAUAACUUCAUUGAAAAGUGAAGAAAAAUCAAACGAAUUUUGCUGACUGCUGUAUUUGCACUCAAAGAUUUUAUAUGUGACGUAGCUAUAUAAAACUAAGUCUCGCAUUUCGUAUAUUUUUUGAAACCCGAGCUUAACUGGUACCAAUCCUACCAAUCUCCAGUCGGAUUGGACUGGUGCAUUCCUAAAUAUGGGGCAUCAAAUAUUUACAAGACAUAAGUUUACGAUUAAUGAUUUUUGAAAUUUAUAAAUGUUUGUAAAUACUAAAACGUGAUUUAGUCUAGAAAAUAUUUGAUUAGUUUUUGAAACAAUUCAAUGUACUUUCUCAUGACUUAUUUUAAUCUCUGGGCAUAUUUUACUUCAGCGCGCGUCCUUACGGUUAACAAUAGAUGAAUUUAGAAGCUAAAAAGGAUUGCAAUAUUGCAGUAUUAUCAGUCUCUUUGUCUCCGAAAUUAUAGUGAUCACGUUUACAUCUAUCUUGUUCUAACGGGUGUCCGGAAAUUCAUCUACCAAAAAGAAAAUUUAAUAUCUCGGUCAUUUUUCAACUAAAUCGAACAAUUUUUUUUUAAAUGAAAGAGAAAUGUUCAAAGUUUUAUCUUUGUUCCAGAUCAAUAACAUGUCACAUUCUUUAGAAACUAAAAUUCAAGUAGUUAUCCUAAUGGCGAAAUAUGAG